AUGUCGGCUCCUCCGACCUCUGGUCCCGCAAACGCCCAAGUUUCAGCAGCGGGAAGGGGGAGGGGAGUGGCCGGAACAAAUCCAGGGAACAAUCGCGUCCCUACAACACCCCACUGCCCGACCGCCAGGGACACGCCGCGGUUGUCCCUCACCCCGCGCCCCACUAGGGGGCCCCGCGCGCCCCGAGGGGAGGUACGAAGAGUUACCUGCAGCGAACUGGGCGAGCACGGGACGACUCCUGAGGCGCCAAGCCGACGGCCGCCGCUUUGUCUCCCGCCCGUCCGGCUCCCAGGAGGAAAUGGGCCGCCCUGCGCCCCCGCCCCCGGCCCGCCCCGCGCCGCGCCCGCCCUUCCCGGCACCUCCCUCCGCGCGCUCUUCCCGGCGCCUCCCGCGGCCUCCAUACCGCCGGUCCCGGCCUGGCGCAGCCGGCGCUUUCUAGGGAGAGCCUCCCACCCGGAAGGUAGCCUGGCAACUCCAGGCCGGGACCCCCAGAAGUCCUUUUGGUUUGGCCUCCGGGCACGCAGACCCGAACCCACGAGGGGAAGGAGGGGAGGAGACUCAGGGAACAGCCUGCGGCGGGGACGGGCGGGCGGAGGGCAGGUGAGUCACCGCUCCCAGCUCAGUGUCCGGAAGGCAGAGGCAAACUCAUCUCGGAGAGUUUCUGAACUUGUGUGGAAAUCAGGAUGUGUGGGAAUUGAAUUUACUCAAGUGCCAACUUACCUUAAACUCCUAAUCCUCCAGCACACCCCCGCAACUGCUGCGAUUAUAGGUCUGCACCAUUAUACCCGGUCUUUUAGGGCCUCUUAAAAAGAGGGAGCAAAUGAGAGCGAUGGCCCCGUGGGUGAAGUUGUUUGCCACUGUAUCAACAAUGCUAGCCUGACAACCUGAGUUGUGGAAAGACAAAAUGAAGGCCACAGAGAUGUCCUCUGACUUCCACACUGGUGCAGAUGGCAAAUCCACCCACCUACGUGUCACACACACAUAACAACAACAAUAAUAAUAAUAGGCAUAUCCACCCACAUACAUAUCACAAUAAUAAUAAAUAAAUUUUAAUUUUAAGAGAGCUGGAGAUGUCUCAGUGAUUGAGUGCUAGCCUAGUAUGCCCUGAUUUAAUCUUCAGCACUACAAAAAGAAAACAAAACAAAAAAAAAGACAUACUUUCACAAAGCCAUUCUUGACCAGCCACUCUUUUCUGUUUCUAGCUUUGUGGUUUUGCCUCGCAUAGCAGUCUCUGACUAGAGUGUCUGCUUUUCCCUCACUUCACUUGGCUAUGUCAGGACAUAACAAUCACAUAAUAAAUAUUCCUUUGGUCUAGCUAUGAUCCCAGUACUUGGGAGGCUUAGGCAAGUCUCAAGGAUUACCACUAGAAAGAACCUUUCUCAGAAGGGGAGGUUGGGUGGGGAGGUGGUGUUCUUUAUUUGUUUGCUUGAAGUAGUAAUAAAACAGUCUAUUGGCUCGAAACUUUUUGAGAAAGAGAGAGAAAGCAGAGA